AUGACUGAGGAGUCGUCUUCUGUCCGCUCGUCUCAGGGGUCCUCGCGCCGUGCGCCCAAGAAUCCCCAGCAGCAGCUCUCGCAGAUAGAGAAGUCCGUCACACACCUGCUUGUGGCCACCAAGCAGCUCCUCGAGACGUUGACACUAUGGUCGCGCGGGACCGCCACCGAGAGCGAGGUCUCGGACGUCUACGUGCGUCUGGGCUAUGAGUUCAACAUCGCGUCGCGCGCCUUCAACGCGAUUGGCGUCGACACCAACGACCUCGGAAACGUUCCCGAACUACUGCGUGGCAUACUGGAGGAGACGCUGAGCCAGGAAGCAUCGCAAGCGAGCCUCGACAAUUUCCUGCCGCGGAUACGAGACAUCAUCAUAAACCUCCUGCACGGUCUGAAGAAGAAGCAACAGCGGUUACGGCAGCGCACAGGAAGAGAUGGCUCGCUCAACGGUGGGGGCAGUCCGCGCCAGGGCAGCGUUGGGAGUAGUGGUGAUGUCGAGGAGCACCAACAACCGCGAUCCGCAAGCACAAGACUGCCUUCAAGAGGGGACAGUCCGUCGUUUGGCGGCCCCGACCUCCCACCGCGCUCGUCUUCGGUAGCUGGCGGCCGCGCCUCUCCAAGCAAGUACGAUGCCCUCCCUUCGAACCCGAAAGCGAACCGCUCGACCACCGCCAGCCAACUAUCCACCGACUCGUCCAUUUCGAGCGGCACCGCCCAGCAAAUGCCUGUCAUUGCUCCGUAUCCCGCAGACGAUUCCAUGCCCAAACCGCCUGACCCCCCGCGGCCUAACUACCCCGUCGAUUUCCCACCACCUCCACCUCCACCGAAACAGGAAGAUGCGCUCGCGGCAUUGCAAAGAGGUGGUGAGCUGGAGCGCAGGGCUUCGCGCCGAUUUUCAGCAUACCAAAUCCAGAAGCAUCUUGGAACAAAUGGCAUACCACUUCCACCUGUCCAGAAUUCGCCCAUACCGAAUAGGGGUCGGGAUGUACGCGAGUCUAUGAACGCAGUGCGGACCAGGCAGUCCAUGAUGCACAGUCGCCAGCGGUCAAAUCAGAGUCUCACGCAACAGCGGCCUGCGGUGGAAACAAAGUUCUCCUUUGAUCAGCCCAAUGAGAGACGCAUUUCCGAGGAAAGUUCGCAAAGCGCCACGCCGAGCAUUCUGCCACCAAAAGAGUCGGGUCCUGAAGACAGCCCCGUCCAGAAGACCCCAGACGAUAAACUCGCGCAGCCGAAAUUCCCAGAAGGCGACCAGUUCUCGCUAGGUGCGACGCUUAAUGGUCCGUUAUCAGAGCCAGCUGAGCUUGGAGCCGCAUCACCGGUUAAAGAAGACCCGCCCAGGCCUUCAGCCAGCCGUAACAGCUCCUACAGAGUCAAGACGCCCUCUCCACAGCCCUCUCAGUUCAUUCCAGAACAGUCACCUCAACAAGGGAAAGAGCUUACCUUGUUCCUCCAGUACAAAAGCAAGAUCAAGAAAUACGUCUUCACAGAUGGUGCUGAGCUUUCUUCGGCCCGCCUGCAACUCGCUUUUAUCGAAAAGUUCGCCUGGGAUACCCACCGUUACGGCGACCUGCCUGAAAUCCACAUCCAGGACCCCGUUUCCGGUGUACGAUACGAGUUGGAGGAUAUCAACGAUAUCAAAGACAGGUCUGUACUCGUCCUGAACGUAGAGCAACUAGACGAAGUAAAGAGCCAUAUCGAUGAUAAGUUUGGCGGACUCAGCAAACUGGUGGAGAGCAUCAAGACAGUGGUCGAGGACCAGCAAGCAACUAUACAACGCGUGGCCGAACGUCAACAGCAAACGACAAAGGAGAUCGCUGGUAUAUCAGCGGCACCUCUUUCUUCAGCUCGCAACUCCGCCUUGCUACCCUCUCGUCCCAUACCGUUAGGCACACCCUCCGAAGCCAACAUUACUUCAGCCACUCAAGUAAGCGAGGUGCAAUCGCUACGCCGUGAUUUGGCUGUCAUGCGACAAACAUACUCAUCUUUUGUAUCGGAUAUACAAGCUAGCAUGUCCACCAUACGCACAAAGGCCAGUGCUGUGAAGUCCACUGCUAUCAAGGCUGCCUUACCCGCACUCGAUGGAGACAGCGGUCGCGCUUACAUUAACGCUGGCAAGAAGGGCCUGCAAGACGACUCGGAGAAGAUUGUCAACAGGGUAGAUGACCUACAAGAUCUUGUUGAAGACCUCAGAAAGGACGUCGUUCUGCGUGGCGUGCGACCUCUGCCCCGCCAACUCGAAACUACCGCCAAGGACCUGUCGACAGCCACUGCCGAGCUCAAGAAGCUGCAAGAUCUUCUGGCAAAGGAGAAGCCUCUCUGGACCAAGAUUUGGGAACAGGAGUUGCAGACUGUGUGUGAAGAGCGAGACAUGCUCACUAUGCAGGAGGAACUCGCAGCCGACUUGCAAGAUGAUCUCGAGAAAGCAGCCCAAACACUUGAGCUGGUCGAGCAGGCAACCAAACAGCAGAAUCUUGAAAGCGAGAAAGAGUCUGGAAAGGGGAUGCGUUCAGCUAGUGGCCGUAACAUGCUCAAUGCAGUUGCUCUCGACAAAGUUGUGGAUCCACGCCAGGCCCGCGAUGGAGUACUUGGAGAAGUCAAGGCCCUGCAACCAAACCAUGAAGGCAGGCUCGAAGCCAUCGAGCGAGCGGAAAAGGCGCGACAGCGGGAUCUUGAGACGAGGAACGAUGACGAGUUCAAGCGCGAGCUUGGAAACUUUGUCGAGGAAGGCAAGCUCAAGAAGAGCGGCGGCGUCGAGGAAGCAGAGCGCCUCCGCAAAGCAAAAGAUGAGCGCGCACGAAAGGAGAACUUUGAGCGAGAAGCCGCAAGACAAAGAGCCAAAGCAGAAAAACAGCAGAGGGAAGCCGAAGCUGCUGCCGCUGCCGCUGCCGCCGCGGCUGCUGAACCAAACGGCGACGGUGCUGAUGGCCAAAACGGAGAAGCGGAAGCUCCAGCAGAGAAUGCAGAGGAGGCCAAGGGAGAUGAAGGUGGUCCUGCCUAG